CAGCGAAAGAUAUAAAAUUCUAUAAUAUUGCAUGUUUAUGACAUCAGAUUCUAGUAUUUUUACUACAUUCCACGUAUUGUUUUCAUUUUAUUCUGGAAUUAAACAAUAGUUUCUAGAAUGGCGGGCAGAAUGUCGCGAAAUGCCGGCAGAUAUUACAGGUCACUGAGGAAGUCAUUUUCCACCUCAAGCUGUCUCAGUUAUGGGGAAUCCCCGACUAAUAGUGAUGUCAUGACUACUCCCUUGUCUGUGCCUUUGAGGGAUUCCCCCAAACCGAUAUACGCUGAGUCAGCGAGCGAAACCUUCCAAACGAUGACAAGCAAAUUAAACAAUGGUCUUACUGUGACAUCACAGCCAAAGUUUGGAACAUUUUGUACAGUUGGAAUCUUGAUUGACGCGGGGUCACGGCAUGAGGUCGCGUACCCGAGUGGCAUGAGCCACUACCUUGAGAGAUGCGCCUUUGCUGGAUCAUCCAUCUAUAAAGAUCGAGAUGCCGUCAUGCUCGCUGUCGAGAAGUUAGGAGGCAUAUGUGACUGCCAGUCUUCAAGAGACACAACUAUAUAUGCAGCUAGUGUAGACCGUGAUAAACUGGAGCCUUUAAUGGAGUUGCUUGCUGAUAGUGUGUACCAACCUACAUUGGAUGAUAAUAUUAUUGAACAAGCUCGUGAAAGCAUAAACUAUGAAUUAGAUGAAUUGGAUAAGAAACCGGAUCCUGAACCAAUGAUGACAGAACUUAUACACGAGGCUGGCUUUCGUGGCAACACAGUAGGACUUCCCAAAUACCCACAAGCUGAGACACUUCACCAAAUAAACAGAGCUUCGUUGCAAAAGUUCCUUCGUAGUUACUACCUUCCUGAACGCAUGGUAGUAGCUGGUGUUGGUGUGGAUCAUGAUGAAUUAGUAACACUGAGUGAAAAGUAUGUUUCAGCCGCAGCCAAGUCCCCCUCAUGGUCACUAGAUGGUGCAAGAGAGAGCGACGCAUCAGUGGCCCAAUACACAGGGGGCGAUGUCAAAGUUCAAAAACAUUUUGACCUCUCCAUGAGUGUUGUACCAAUGCCGGAACUCGCUCAUGUCUCUAUUGGAAUGGAAAGCGUAAAGUUCACUGACACCAACUUUGUCCCAUUCGCAGUCCUCAACAUGUUAAUGGGAGGGGGCGGUUCCUUCUCAGCAGGGGGUCCGGGUAAAGGAAUGUUUUCAAGGUUAUAUUUGAAUGUCCUGAACAGGCACCAUUGGAUGUAUGCAGCCACAGCAUAUCACCAUAGCUAUGAUGAUGGUGGAUUAUUCUGUAUACAAGGCAGUGCACACCCCUCACAACUAAGGGAAUGUGUACACGUUAUAACACAAGAGUUUGCAAAACUUACAAAUGGGAUUGAUAAGGUUGAGUUAAAUCGCGCCAAGAAACAACUACAGUCAAUGCUUAUGAUGAAUCUUGAAGCUCGUCCCGUUAUAUUUGAGGAUGUUGGGAGACAAAUACUUGCAACGGGGGAACGAAAGUCACCGAAACAACUCUGUGAAAUGAUUGACAACGUAUCAAACGAUGACAUAGUGCGUGUCGCUCGACAUAUGCUAUCAAGCAGACCAGCAGUAGCUGCAUUAGGUGAUGUUAAACAACUACCUGAUUAUGAGGAUAUUGAGAAUGCUCUGACUAGACCUGAUGGAAAACUACCGAAGAAAUUCCGCUUGUUUGGUAGAUGAUGAUGUCAUUUAUUGUUGAUGAUGUCAUUUGUCCUUGCUGCUGAUGUCAUUUGAGUGUAACGUCAUACUUUUGUUGGGAAUAUUUUGAGAGUUUUUCGAUAUUUUGAGGACCUGCUGUUGUUUUGUGAUAUCAUAAUAUUGAUAAAUGAAAUCGUGACGUCAUACUUUAAGAGCAUAGCUACGUAAAAUAUGACGUAUCGAUGUAUUAUCGCUUCAAUGCAUUUGCAAAAUGUAAAAUACAAACGUUCUGCUUCGAAUUGGGAUUUUUCGAAGCGAUCACAUAAAAAUAUUUUGUUUACCGUAUAUGUAUUUUGGAAAUACAGGCUGGUACGCAGUCC